AUGAAAGAGAAGAUUCAAUUGGCCGAUAUUGAGGACCACCAUCAUAAGCAACCAUCUUCCGAAUCUAGCAAUAAUAAUAAUAAUAAUAAUUUUGAUGAUGAUUAUAAUGAAUGGGAUAUUAGUAUUGGAGAUUUAAUUAUCGAUUUAGAUGCUGAUAUUGAAAGGCAAACAACAACAACAACAACAACUUUAACACCUAGUGAAGGUGAUAAUAAUAAUAAUAAUAAACAAUCUUCAUCGUUAAAAAAUCGUAAUAAAAUUAAUAAUAAUAAUAAUAAUAAAUCUAUUAAAUCAUCAUCAUCGUGUGGAAUGUCUUCCAAUUUUAAAUUGAAUCGUUUAGGAUCAUUAAAAUCAUCGACAUCAUCAUCGACUUCGUCUUCGUUGUCUUCGUCUUCGUCUUCAUCAUCUGGAAUUUCAUCGAAACAAAGUUCCGGAAAUAGUAUUAGUAGUAGUAGUACUAGUAAUAGUAAUAAUAGUGGUUGUGGUGGUGGUGGUGGUGGUAGUAAAUCGAAUCAAACAGCAAUCAAUGGAUCAUCAUCAUCAUCAAAAUCGAUUAUAGUUAAUUCCAUAAAUUCCAAUAAUUUAAAUACAAGCAUCAAUAGCAAUAAUAACGGCCACAUGAAUCGUCAUUCAUCUACAUCAUCAUCAUCGUCAUCAUCCACUACGCCAACAUCGGUAUCCUCAUCAUCAUCAUCAUUGAAUAAUAAUUAUUCAACAUUGACCAAUAACACCUCUUCAUCAUCAGUAUUAGCGAUAGGAUCUUCAACAACAACAACAACAACGGCAACACCAACUACAACAACAACAACAACAACGCCUGCAUUAUCCUUAACUAAUAAAAGCCUCAAUUCAUUAUCAUCUGCAUCAUCGGUAGCAUUAACUGCUACUACGUUGAUUGAUCAUCAUCAACAACAACAACAACAUGCCAAAAGUCUUAAAAUGAAAAUAAAAAGAAAAAAUAUUGGUGGUAAAAUUUCUGAAAUUAAUCACGAAAUUGUUUCAUCAGAUACGUCAACUGCUUCAUCAUCUGCACCAUCAUCAUCAUCAUCGUCAUCAUCAUCAUUAUCGAUGGCUUCUGUUACUUCAUCAUCACCUUCGAUGACAACAAAUAUUGGUGCCGGUUCAAAAUCUUCAUAUUCAUCAUCAAUUAAUUCGUCAUCGGCAGCUAUUAUUGAGCAUCAAAUAAAUUCUCAUCAAACAUCUUCAUCACAUAUCUCUUCAAAUAGUUUAUCAAAUAAUUCAUCAACAACUAUGACAACGACAACAGUGAAGAAUAUUAUUGAUUCAAAUCAUCAUCAUAAUAAUUCUGUGAUCAAUAACAAUAAAAAAGAUGUUGGUGAAUCAUUAACUAAUAAAAAUAAUAAUAAUGAUGAUAAUAUAAUAACGACAAUGAAUUCAAAUACUGGCUCAUCAUCAUCAUCAUCAUCAACAAUUGCUAAUUGUUCUGGAUCAACAUUAGAUUCCAAGUCGUCUUGUUUGUCAAGUAAAAAUAAAAAUAGUGGUCAUCGUGACAAAAAAGAUCAUCAUCAUCACCACCAUCACCAUCAUCAUCAUCAUCAUUCACAUAAAGAAAAUAAUAAUAAUAAUAAGUUAAAUCGAGAUAAAAUUAAUAGUACAACCACUACCAACAUCAACAAUAAUAAUUUGAUGACAGCUAAUAAUAACAACAAUAAUAAUCCGGUUCAACAUCAACAACAACAUCAUCAUCAUCAUCAUCAUCUAUCUAAUGUGAAUGCAUCAUCAUCAUCGUCAUCUGGAUCAACAACGCUUAAUAAAUUUACAAAUUCAACUGUGAUUAAUCCAAUUCAACGAACAAAUGAAAAGGUUGAUGAAAAUAUUGCUGAUCGAAUGGAUUCUGGUACUAUGACCAGUAUUGCAACGAUUACUGAACCAGAUUGUCUUGGACCAUGUGAACCUGGUACCAGUGUUACGCUUGAAGGAAUUGUUUGGCAAGAAACAGAAAAUGGUGUUUUGGUUGUGAAUAUCACUUGGCGUGGUAAAACCUAUGUUGGAACCUUGUUGGAUUGUACUAAACAUGAUUGGGCACCACCAAGAUUUUGUGAAUCACCUACCAGUGAUAUUGAAUCGAAAUCAUUGAAAAAUACUCGUGGAAAACGGGCCCGAAAUAAUUUUAUUGCAGAAAAUUCUAUUGAUACACGAUCGGUUACUAGUAAACUUCGAAAUGGAAAAGGUCGUCGUACAGCAAAUUCGGGUUACGUUCCUUCAAGUCCGGCCAAAAGUGAUUCGGCAAUAAAUUCUUCAAUAUCAUCAUCAUCAUCAUCAUCAUCAGGCAACAAACGUAAAGGUCGACCAAGCGAAUUAGAUUUAGCUAUUGGUGAUGAUAAUACGAAUAUUAGUGGAAAUGGAAAGCGAAAUAAAAUUUUAAACACUAAUUGCGAUUCUGGACAACCGAAUUCACCGGCAUUGAUCGAAUGUCCGGAACCGAAUUGUUCGAAAAAAUAUCGUCAUAUUAAUGGCCUUAAGUAUCAUCAAUCACAUGCUCAUUUUGGCAGUACUUUCAACGUUAGUGAUACUCAAGAAUUUUCUGAAUCUCAAGCCAAUAAUAAUCCAACUAUGAACACAAGUGAAACAACACCAGUCAAAAGUGGUGAUGUUUCCGACAGUGAUAAUAAUGAAUCUGAUUCACCGAUAAAGAAAUCUGAUUCACAACAAAAUGAAAUACCCGAUCCGUUGAAUACUCCUCAAUCAUUAGAAUUGAAAAAGAAAAAUGGUGCCAACAAUGAUACGACACUAGUCGAUGAUUGUAAUAAAUCGUCCUAUUCGGCUUUAUCACCAUCUCAACAAAAAAAUGUUACAGAUUCUAUUGAUUCAACGAAUAUUGAUCAAAGUGAUCUUGCCAGUGACAGUGAUCUUGUGAAGAACAACAAUUGUGAAAUGGUUGAUGAAAAACCCGUUGCUAGUCCGGCAUAUUCGGAUAUUUCUGACGAUAACAGUAGUAAUAAUAAUGACAGUGGUAGCGGCAGUGGCAGUGCUGGCGCUGGUGUUGUUGUUUCCACUAAUUCAACUUCCUCAGAAACUAAAACUGUACCAAAAAGCCAGGAUUUAACCACCGAUACAAAUGGAACCAAAAAGAUUCCAUCUAAUCAAUUCAAUCCGCUUGGUGAUGGAAAUUCUAACUUGGCACCGUCACCAUCAUUACCACAUCACUUUUUCAAUAAAUCUCAAUUCCUAAUUCCACAGAAUCAUCAAACUGAUUCUUCUGAACAAAAAUCCAAUAACAAUGAUCUCAACAAUAAAGAAGAUAACGAUAAUUCAAUCACGUCUGAUUCUCGUCAACCAUUUUCUCCAUAUUCACCUUUAUAUUCUUCUACUGGUCGUGGAUUCGUGGGAUCAUCAUCUAAUAACAAUGAUUGUGGAAACAAUAAAUCCACAGACAGUGAUUCUAAAGAUAUGAUUACAAGUGGUGCACCUGGUUCUGCAAUUGCUGAACUUCAGAAUCUAAAGAAUCGAAUACAAUAUACAUUUGAUCAACAACAACAACAACAACCAGGUAGUAAUGUUAAUACAUACGGUAACAAUGAACAUUUACCGAAACCUCCAUCAUCACUCUCAACACAACCGUUGCCUCAACCAUCUCAACAGCCGAAAUUUUCACCAUUUGAUGUUGAAAGUAAAUUGAAAGAUAAAGUUGGAAAAUAUUCAUCACCUCAAAUGAAAAUUAGUAAAUCUAAAGAUCAUAAAGAUGAUGGUAUUAGUCAACAUAGUCAGCAAUCAACGAAAGAUUUAACAUCCAACAAAACAAAUAAACAUGAUGAAGGAAUGAAACCAACAAUGGAAAGCACUGGACCACCACCAAUCAACAAUGGUUAUUAUUAUAGUCCAUCAUUUUUGCCACCAUCAUUCGGUGCUCCGUCACCAUUCGAUGCAAUGUUUCGUGGUGGUGUUGGUCAUAAUCCCAUGAAUCCUGUUGUAAUGGGACCACCUUACGGUCCACCACCAUCUGGUUCAUCACCAUUUUUACAUUCACAAAUGAGAUUUCCAUCACAUCCAUUGAAUCCAUUGGAUGGUAUUCCGGGUAUGUCCGCCAGUGGUCCGAACGUGUCAAGAAAUUCAACAAUUUCGUCUUCUACAGCAUCAACAUUACCGCCUCAUUCAUCACCGACAUCUAACAAGCUAAGCUAUUCAUUAUCAUCAGCAGCAUCAUUACCAUUCAAUAGUCACAAUCCAAAGAUAUUUUCAACAAUCGCAUCGAGCUCCAUAUGUGUUCCAUCAUCAUCAUCAUCAUCAUUGCCUUUGUCAUCAUUUUCAUCAUUAUCAACAACACCAUCAACAACAUCAAUUUAUCAUAAAUCAUCGCCAAACAAAUCAUCUGAAUUCCUUUCUAAUACAACAAACAAUCAUUUAACCGGUGUUCCACCUAUUCCUCAUUCAUCAUCAUCGAUACCUCCAGGACCUGAACGUGGUCAUAUUCAUCAUUCGAUGCAUCCACCACCACCACCACCAACGUUGCCUCCUAGACAUUCAUUACAUACAUCGGCCAUUGGUUAUCCAAUAUUCGAUCCAUACAGUGCAAUGAUGGUCAAUCAUACGGUACCUGCGAAUACUGUUCAUCAAUUCACACCUAAAUAACGAUAAUGUUUUUGCCGCAACAACAACAACAACAAAUCGAUCAUCAUUCAUUCACAUAAAUUUUGAUUAUGAGCUAAUUGAUAUUUCGAACGUCUAUCAUUUUUCCUAUUGAACAUUUGUGUAAUGACACAAUUUUUGGAUUAUAUUGGCCUUGAGGAUCUUUUCACAUCAUUAUCAUCAUUUAUUGUAUAUUCAAUAAGAGAAUAUAAUGACGAACCAUCGGACUGCCGGAAUUACAUAAUCGUCCUGCGUGUGUGUGUGUGUGUGUGUAUCUACAACAUUUGUAAUAAUCAUCAGGCCUUUUGAUAGAUUUUAUUUCUAUUCUGUGAAUAUUUUUGUAUUCAUAUUCCUCAUUCACAACAACACUAUUACUGUAUCAAUCGAUCGAUAACACCAUCAUCAUCAUCAUCAUCAUCAUCAUCAUUAACACACUUCCUUCAUCGUCUUCAUUAUUCAGAUUUUUUCACUUUUGUGAUUUUUUUUUGCUGUAUAUUUCAUUAAUAAUAAAUAAUUAAUAAUCGCGCGCACACACACACACACACACAAACCAUAUUAAUUUACAUGGAAUAAUAUACAUUCAUUAACACACAACUAAUCGAAUCAUUCAUU